GGUUAGCGCCUACUUUCCUAAUGGCUAGCUGCGAAUCUCCUUAGCCCAGCUACUUCAACGCAGCUUGCAUGACAAUUUACUGCUGCAUCGAGUUAAAGACGGCGAACUGAUUGAAAAGACGGAGCUUCUUGUGUUCAGUUGUUUUAUAGCCAUGUAGCUCGGACACGGCGCGCGAGGAGUAACGCUAACAAACAUUGAGUCAGUGUUGCGUGUUGUGGACUGCCACUUUCAACCAAAACAAUGUUGACAGACGACCUGUGGACACAUACCAACAAUCAGUCAUUUCAAGGAUGGAUAAAGGAGGUGUAAAGAAGAUAAUAUACAGAAGAGAUGACCAUUUAAGCAAACUGGUCUACACUGAAAGUCCUGAGGAGGGAGGACUGCUGAAAGUGGCUCCUCACAGUGCCAUGUCCAUUGCCUCUGCCACAUCUGUCGUUCUUCCAUCUAGCCCGUUGAUGCAGCCAGGACAGGUGCCUAACGGCCUCAGUGACAGCCCCCUUCCAGAGGAGCUCACCUCUGUCACUGCCACGGUUGGCACUUUGUUAGAAGACCCAGACUCCAGAGUCCUGACCAAAGAUCCAAAAUUUCAACAGCAGCAGUUAUUUCAGACACCGACUUCCACUCUAUUUGGGCGUCAAACUUUGAGGGAAAAUUUGCCCCAACUGGAGGCCAGUAUAACAGACAUUACACAGUCCUCCAUGGAUUCACUUAUUGGGGGAUCAGAUCCUAACUUCUUCCCCAUGAAAACAGAGGAUUUCUCAAUGGAUAAAGGAGACCCGGAUCCAAUUGAUCUUGAUCAUGCCUUUGAGCACAUUGGAAAAGAUGUGGAUGUGCACCAGAAAUUGUUCAGUGACAAUACUCUGGACCUGCUCCAAGACUUUGAGCUGACUGGCUCCCCCUCAGAUUUUUAUGUAGGAGAUGAUGCUUUCCUAUCCUCUUUGGCAGAUGACUCGCUGCUUGGGGAUGUAAGUUCAGAGCGGGACAUGAAGCCUUCUGUUGUUGAGAGUGUUAACGGCAGUGGGGCAGCCUCGGUUUCUCUCAAUGGCAGCAACAUAACAAGUCCAGAUCAGCCCUCCCCUGGUAUAUGCACAUCUGGCUCCUUAACUCCUACAACCACUUUGUCAGCUUUGGUGAAGAAAGAGAAAGAUGCUGGCUUCAUUCAGCUCUGCACCCCAGGUGUGAUUAAACAGGAGAAGACAUCUGUGAGCCAGAGUUAUUGCCAAAUAAGUGGCACAACCUCCACAGACAUGCCCAGUUCUAACCCUAUCUCCAUCUGUGGGGUCAGCACUUCUGGAGGACAGAGCUUCCACUUUGGAGUCAACACCAGCAGUGGUGAAGCUCAGCAGCAGAAGAUUCAGAAGACGGUAUCGAAUAUGUUUCUCCCAGUGACUACCAUCAGCUCACCCUGGAACAGAGGCCUGUCUGCAGGAGACAACAGGAGCUCGGAGUCGUCCUCAAGCUCUCCCUCUUUCACCAUCGGCAUUGUCAAACAGGAGGCAGGCACAGCUGCACCGGUGGCACAGGGGAAAAGCGGGACUCAUAAAAUUUGCCUGGUGUGCUCGGAUGAGGCUUCAGGCUGCCACUAUGGCGUUCUCACUUGUGGCAGCUGCAAGGUCUUCUUCAAAAGAGCAGUCGAAGGGCAGCAUAAUUACCUGUGUGCUGGGAGGAAUGACUGCAUAAUAGACAAGAUCAGGAGGAAGAACUGCCCGGCCUGCCGCUUCCGCAAGUGUCUGAUGGCAGGCAUGAACCUGGAGGCACGCAAAACCAAGAAGUUGAACCGCAUGAGGGGGGUCCAGCAGAGCAACCCACCAGAGCUUAAUCCCUCUCCGCCAAUUGAAGCUCAUUCACUUGUACCUAAGCGGAUGCCUCAACUUGUUCCCACCAUGCUGUCUCUGCUGAAGGCCAUUGAGCCAGACACCAUCUACGCUGGCUACGACAGCACUCUGCCCGACACCUCUACCCGCCUCAUGACUACACUCAACAGGCUGGGCGGCCGACAGGUCAUCUCUGCUGUCAAGUGGGCCAAGGCUCUGCCAGGUUUCAGGAAUCUGCACCUGGAUGACCAGAUGACUCUGCUGCAGUGCUCCUGGCUCUUCCUCAUGUCUUUUGGUCUGGGCUGGAGGUCUUACCAGCAGUGCAAUGGCAACAUGCUCUGCUUUGCACCAGACCUCGUCAUUAACGAGGAGCGGAUGAAACUGCCAUACAUGGCUGACCAGUGUGAGCAGAUGCUGAAGAUUUCCAGCGAGUUUGUGCGGCUACAGGUUUCCCAUGACGAGUAUUUGUGCAUGAAGGUCCUUCUGCUGCUCAGCACAGUGCCAAAGGAUGGCCUGAAGAGCCAGGCGGUGUUCGAUGAUAUUCGAAUGUCGUACAUUAAGGAGCUUGGAAAAGCGAUUGUGAAGCGUGAGGAGAACUCAAGUCAGAACUGGCAGCGUUUCUAUCAGCUCACCAAACUGCUGGACUCCAUGCAUGAGAUGGUCGGUGGACUGCUCAACUUCUGCUUCUACACCUUUGUGAAUAAAUCCCUGAGCGUGGAGUUCCCUGAGAUGCUGGCGGAGAUCAUCAGCAACCAGUUACCAAAAUUCAAGGCCGGGAGCGUCAAACCCCUUCUUUUCCACCAGAGAUGACUCUACCCCGAAACAGACACAUUGCCUUAAAAAAAUCCCACCACAUCACCUCACCACCAGCCCCUCUACCCCCUCCCCCAGCCCCCCCUCACUCUCCACCCUCCAGGAGCAACGAUGAGAGGACUGAGGACCCGAGGCGAGGAGUCAGGGAUGUUUGUUGGGAGCGAGUAUGCAACUUUGAGUAUAGACUGGAGGAGUUUGUGUAGAGAGAGAGAGAGAGAGAGAGAGAGAGAGAGAGAGAGAGCAGACAGCGAGCACAGACAUUUUUGUCAAGCAGUCGAAGAUGUAGUGUGUAACAAGUAGGAAAUGUUUGUAAGAUAAAAGAUAAUCACGAAGAGAAGUAGGCUAACAUCCACGUCGUCUCAGGUUUCCUACAUUCAAACACAAAACAAUAUCUCAAAUAGAUAAACAAAUAUCUAUGUACAGGUUCUGAUAGUAUUUUCUACAUUUUCAAAUCUUGACAGUUUAUACACUUUUACAGGUCGUUGUUACCUGGAAAGGUAGCAAAGUUUAAUUAAUAACAUGCUCUUUAGUAGGCUUUUUGACUGUAUGUUCCUUUUUUAGUUUUUAUAAGCGGUUAUAACAAAUAGUCACAUGGGAAAAACUGUUGUCUAAAAAGCAUGUUUCAUCACUUUGACUGACAUGAGAUAAGAAAUAAUUCUGUCAGUCAAAGUUCAUCCAGAGGAUUAUUUCUCCUACAUGCCGAUUCUCCCAGGUUUACACACGUCUACUUUAAAAAGGGAAAAAAAUGUGCCUUUUUUGCUUCAUAUCAUCUAAGUCAUUUCUUCCUACGUGUCCAAGGCUUCUCUUGAACCUUUCAUGGUCUACCUUCAUCAUAUGUUGAUUGUACUUUUUAUCUUACAUGCAGUUGAAAGUUUUCCUUUUUUUUCAAUGGCUGUGUUUAUCUUUAGAAGAGGCAGCUCGGUCCAUCCUUCGUGUGUGGAAAUUAUCGCAGUCUGCUUCCUUUCACACCAUUUCCCCGCACACCCUUCUCCUCCGGUGCGAUGUGAGCACUUUGUACUCUGCUUAAAGGCUUUAAGAGACUGUGAAGAAAGACUGUUAAACCGUACUGGGCUGUAAUGUAUGACUUUAGAAGGAACCUAGAGAAUUUGUUCUAGUGUAAUAGCUCACUCUGAUGUUUAUUUUAGCCCUGACUCCUGCCCCGAUAGUCUAAAAAAGGAAUGUGAUACUUAACCUGCGUCUACCAAUCAUAGGGAGAGCAUGUUUUAUUGUGUUUUGAUGAAAAUGUCUUUUUUUUUUGUUAAUUAAUCAGGACAACUAAUUUCUGUGUUUCUAACAUGACUCAGACUGGUUGGAAAAUUACCGUCCUUUUUAAUACUUUCUAAGCUCUGUUUUCUAAAACUGACAAACAUGUAGUCAUGAUUCUGCCACUGAUGAUCCUUCUUAGACAGUAUAACCACUCACUCUUCAAACUUCUGCUUUGGAUAAUUUAUCAUGGAAAUACUCUGCAUUGCUACUUUGCAAAGAAUCACAAAUAUUUGUUAAAGAAGAAGUUUAACAUUGUAGGGAAUGCUUUUUUCUCGCCAAUAAUUGGAUGAUUGGAUGAUGGUUGAUUCAGCGUACGAGUCUGUGCUGUAAAUUUGUCCCAAGCAUUUAGCGAUAGCUUAGCAUAAAGACUGGAAACAAGGGGAAACAGCUAGGCUGUCCAAAUGUUAUGCCACCUCUACAGUUUUGUAGUAACAUCAUUAUUUUUUCCAUUUGUGCAAAAGACUGUUCAGAUUUUUGUGCACUGGUUGCUCUCAAAAUGCUGAAUUGUUCCUUUUUUUGUUUUGGUCAUAUAUCAAACCAAAUGCAAUAGUGUUGAUAAGUAGUGGAGGUGCUAGCAGGCAGAUUUUAUAUUUUUACACUUAAAGUUAUGUUGCCAGCGUUUCCAGUCGUUACGCCAAACUGAACUGACUAGCUCCUGACUACAGAGUAUUAAAAAAGCGGCUUUAUCUGUUUGUCUAAGUUCAAGACAGAAAGUAGAUAAGCAUAUUUCCUAACAUGAGAAACUCUUCCACCACAUUUGUAUGAUAGAAUGCUUCUGUAUGCAGCACUUCAGAUCAGAUGUAAGCAGAAUUUGUCCGCCUGUAAACCUCUCUCAAAGCUCUAUUUUUAACUAUUCUGCUCCCUGUAGGCACCUUGUCUUUAUAUCUGUGUAUUUGUAGUUUCUCUGUACAUUUAUUUGUCCAUCUAUUAUUCAGUAAAGCCCCAAUGUUUGAUAGCACUUAGCAUCAGUCACCUCAUGGUGGUGUGUCGCAGUGAAAGUGUCGUGUGACUGAAUCAUGAGGUGGGCACAAUGGCUCCUUUUUUCUGUGGGAACUAUUUCAGUUCCAGCCCCCUGAUUUUGUUUUUUAGUCAUACUGAAAGUAAGAUAAUGUUCGAGUUGGAAGAUGAAACACUUGUCCACAGCUGGAAAUAAAGUCCUUAAUAACCUGA